AUGGCGUCCGCUCCGUCGUCAACCCGCACUUGGAUUGUAGCCAACCACCCCAAGGAUGUCGCGACAUUUGACAGUAACGACCCAGGUGCGACGUUCAAGCUCAUCGACCGGCCUCUCCCAUCAUUAGAGGCAGACCAAGUGCUGGUCAAGUCGCUUUAUUUCUCUAACGACCCGGCUCAACGCCCGGCCAUCGAUGCCUCCAUUAAGGCCGAGAGGCAUUACACCGCCCCAGUCAAGCUGGGAGACCCGAUGAUGGCGCGUGGUCUGGGAGAAGUUGUCGAGUCCAAAGCAGACAACCUGCCCAAGGGGACGAUUGUCCAAGCAAAUCUGGGAUGGACCGAGUACGUCGUGCUGGAUGCCUCCGAGUGCAGUCCGCGGCAACCGCUGCCCAACGGCCUGAGUUUGACGCAUUACCUGGGCGCGUUCGGAGGGCCCGGGUUGACGGCGUAUUACGGCCUCGUCAACGUCGGCGAGGCGAAGAAGGGUCAGCGAAUUGUCGUGUCCGGCGCCGCUGGGGCGACUGGGAGCAUGGCUGUUCAGAUCGCCAAGAAUAUCGUUGGGGCCUCCGAAGUCAUUGGCAUCGCCGGCUCGGACGACAAAUGCCGCUGGGUCGAGAGCCUAGGCGCGGACAAGUGUUUCAACUACAAGAGUCCCAGUUUCGAGGAAGACCUGACGAAAGCAACGGACGGCUUCGUGGAUGUGUACUUCGAUAACGUCGGAGGUACGAUCCUCGACUUGAUGCUCAAUCGGCUGAAGCGCAAUGGCGUCGUUGUCCAGUGCGGCCUCAUUGCCGGCUAUAAUGGAAUGAAGCCCACGGUGCUCCAAAAUUACUUCCAAGUCAUCGCCAUGCGGCUCUCGAUCCGGGGUUUCAUCGUCUUGGACUUCGCGGCCACAUUUCCCGAAACAAUCCGACUGUUCACCCAAGCGCUGAAGGAGGGCAAAUUGAAGAUCAGCAACGAAGAGAGCGAGCAGGUCGUGGACACCAAGUUUGAGGACGUGCCCAGGACGUGGAUGAAGUUGUUUGACGGAGGGAAUACGGGGAAGUUGGUCACGAAGGUGGUCUGA